GUGUCCAAUAAUAUAUAUUCUAUUACUCGUUAACCCCGCGGGUCAAUGAGAACUAUGUGGCCAAAGAAACAAACUUGCAUGCGGACGCAAAGUGUUGCUUAAUUGAAUUAACCUUUUGUCUGGUCUGGUUCGAGUUUGUGCCCGCUCUGAGUGAAGAAAUCUUGACCACGGAUCGAUGAUGGCCCAUUAAAUAAUAGAGUCCACUUAAUUGUCAUUUCGUCAGUGUCGACUAUCCAUCAUCAUGGAGCGCGAUGAGGCCUCCAUUACGACGACCAGCGAGGGCAAAUCCCUGGAGGAGGCGCCCACGGCGGAGGGUCUGGAGCCCACGGAGCCCAUUAGUUUCCUGAAACUCUUCCGAUUCUCCACGUACGGGGAGAUCGCCUGGCUGUUCUUCGGCUUUAUAAUGUGCUGCAUCAAGGCACUGACCCUGCCCGCCGUGGUCAUCAUCUACAGCGAGUUUACAUCCAUGCUGGUAGAUCGGGCCAUGCAGUUUGGCACCAGCUCAAAGGUCCAUGCCCUGCCACUUUUUGGAGGUGGUAAAACACUAACGAAUGCAUCUCGGGAGGAAAACAGCGAAGCCCUAUACGAUGAUUCCAUUUCGUAUGGCAUCCUCUUGACCAUUGCUUCGGUGGUAAUGUUCAUCUCGGGCAUUUUCUCGGUGGAUGUCUUCAAUAUGGUGGCCCUACGUCAAGUCACAAGGAUGCGGAUAAAGCUCUUCACAUCAGUUAUGCGUCAGGAUAUCGUUUGGCAUGAUCUGGCCAGCAAGCAAAAUUUUACUCAAAGCAUGGUUGAUGAUAUAGAAAAGAUUCGGGAUGGUAUUUCAGAGAAAGUGGGUCACUUUGUAUACCUAAUUGUGGGCUUUAUCAUAACCGUUGCCAUUUCAUUCGGCUACGGCUGGAAGCUCACCUUGGCUGUGAGUUCGUAUAUACCUCUGGUAAUCCUGCUCAAUUACUAUGUGGCUAAGUUUCAAGGGAAGUUAACGGCUCGAGAACAAGAAUCCUAUGCAGGAGCUGGUAAUUUGGCUGAGGAAAUUCUGGGUGCCAUACGAACGGUGGUCUCGUUUGGAGGCGAAAAGUCCGAGGUUCAACGCUACGAGAACUUCUUGGUUCCCGCUCGAAAGGCCAGUCAAUGGAAAGGAGCCUUCUCGGGCUUGAGUGAUGCUGUCUUGAAGUCUAUGCUGUAUCUAUCCUGUGCCGGAGCAUUUUGGUAUGGCGUCAAUCUGAUCAUCGAUGAUCGCUAUGAGGAAGACAAGGAGUAUACACCCGCUAUUCUGAUGAUUGCCUUCUUUGGCAUCAUUGUGGGUGCGGAUAACAUAGCCAGAACGGCACCAUUCCUUGAGUCCUUUGCCACCGCGCGUGGUUGUGCCACCAGCCUGUUCAAGGUCAUCGAUCUGACCUCCAAGAUCGAUCCGCUGUCCACAGAUGGCAAGCUCUUGAACUACGGUCUUCGUGGCGAUGUCGAGUUCCAGGACGUCUUCUUCCGAUAUCCCUCCCGUCCGGAGAUUAUAGUUCAUAGGGGUCUAAAUAUCAAGAUAAGAGCGGGUCAAACGGUGGCCUUGGUCGGUUCGUCGGGCUGUGGAAAGUCCACUUGUGUCCAGUUGCUGCAGAGAUUCUACGAUCCUGUUUUCGGUUCAGUGCUCCUGGACGAUUUGGACAUAAGAAAGUACAAUAUCCAAUGGCUAAGAUCGAAUAUUGCAGUGGUGGGUCAGGAGCCAGUGCUGUUUUUGGGCACAAUAGCCCAAAACAUAAGCUAUGGAAAACCAGGAGCCACACAAAAAGAGAUCGAGGCAGCUGCCACGCAGGCUGGAGCUCACGAAUUCAUCACAAAUCUUCCAGAGAGCUAUCGCAGUAUGAUUGGUGAGCGAGGCUCCCAACUCUCCGGAGGUCAAAAGCAACGCAUAGCCAUCGCCAGAGCUUUGAUUCAGAACCCCAAAAUCCUGCUGCUGGAUGAGGCCACUUCGGCACUGGACUACCAAUCCGAAAAGCAGGUUCAACAGGCCUUGGACUUGGCCAGUAAGGGACGUACAACCAUCGUGGUCUCCCAUCGAUUGUCAGCCAUUCGCGGUGCCGAUAAGAUCGUCUUCGUCCAUGAUGGUAAAGUUUUGGAGGAGGGUUCCCACGAUGAUCUAAUGGCUCUUGAGGGCGCCUAUUACAAUAUGGUUCGUGCCGGCGACAUUAACAUGCCCGAUGAGGUGGAAAAGGAGGAGAAAAUUGAGGAUACCAAAAGAAAAAGCCUGGCUCUGUUUGAGAAAUCCUUUGAGACCAGUCCCCUGAACUUUGAGAAAGGUCAAAAGAACAGCGUUCAGUUUGACGAACCCAUUAUAAAGGCACUCGUGAAGGAAACAAAUGCCAAGAUAGUCGAAGCUCCGCCAGAAAAACCCAACUUUUUCCGCACUUUCUCAAGGAUCCUUAAGCUGGCUCGACCCGAAUGGUGUUACCUUAUCUUGGGAACCAUAAGCGCCGUAGCUGUGGGCUGUUUGUAUCCGGCCUUCUCCAUCAUCUUUGGUGAAUUCUACGCAGCUCUGGCCGAACAGGAUCCGAAGGAUGCCCUAAGUCGUACGGCUGUGCUUUCCUGGGCCUGCUUGGGCCUGGCCUUCUUGACCGGAUUGGUCUGCUUCCUGCAAACCUAUUUGUUCAACUACGCAGGCGUUUGGCUGACCACCAGAAUGCGAGCCAUGACCUUCAAUGCGAUGGUGAGUCAGGAGGUUGGAUGGUUCGACGAUGAGAAUAACUCGGUGGGCGCCCUAUCCGCUCGCUUAUCCGGCGAGGCAGUUGGAGUCCAAGGAGCCAUCGGAUAUCCGCUGAGUGGAAUGAUCCAGGCGCUGUCCAACUUUAUAUCGAGUGUCAGCGUUGCCAUGUACUACAACUGGAAACUGGCCCUGUUGUGCUUGGCAAAUUGUCCUAUUAUAGUGGGUUCCGUCAUCCUGGAAGCCAAGAUGAUGUCCACGGCUAUAGUGAGGGAAAAGCAGGUGAUUGAGGAAGCUUGCCGGAUUGCCACCGAAUCAAUAUCCAACAUACGCACUGUUGCCGGCUUGAGAAGGGAGGCGGAUGUUAUACGGGAGUACACCGAGGAGAUCCAGCGAGUGGAGGUGCUCAUCCGCCAAAAGCUGCGAUGGCGAGGAGUCCUCAACUCCACCAUGCAGGCAUCGGCAUUCUUUGCCUAUGCCGUGGCUCUUUGCUACGGAGGAGUCUUGGUGUCCGAGGGUCAGCUGCCUUUCCAGGAUAUUAUCAAGGUUUCAGAAACCUUGCUGUAUGGCUCCAUGAUGCUGGCCCAGUCCCUAGCCUUCACCCCUGCCUUCUCCGCUGCUCUGGUCGCGGGUCAUCGCCUCUUUCAGAUCCUGGAUCGCAAGCCAAAGAUUCAAUCGCCCAUGGGUACUAUCAAAAAUACUCUUGCCAAGCAGUUAAAUCUUUUCGAGGGCGUACGCUAUCGCGGUAUUGAAUUCAAAUAUCCCACACGACCUGACGCAAAGAUUCUCAAUGGUUUGGAUCUCGAGGUUCUCAAGGGUCAAACGGUGGCCUUGGUGGGUCAUUCGGGGUGUGGAAAGUCCACUUGUGUACAGCUGCUGCAGCGCUACUACGAUCCCGAUGAGGGAAGUAUACACAUAGAUCACGAUGACAUUCAACAUGAUCUGACCCUCGAAGGUGUGAGAACCAGACUGGGUAUAGUCUCCCAAGAACCCACUCUAUUCGAACGAUCGAUAGCUGAGAAUAUAGCCUAUGGCGACAAUCGUCGAUCGGUUUCCAUGGUGGAGAUUAUUGCCGCAGCCAAGAGUGCCAAUGCUCAUAGUUUCAUCAUUUCCCUGCCCAAUGGCUACGAUACUCGGAUGGGAGCCAGAGGCACUCAAUUGUCGGGUGGUCAAAAGCAACGUAUCGCCAUUGCCCGAGCUCUGGUGAGAAACCCGAAGAUCCUGCUCUUGGAUGAGGCCACCUCAGCUCUGGACUUGCAAAGCGAACAGUUGGUCCAGCAGGCCUUGGAUUCCGCCUGCUCCGGACGAACCUGCAUCGUCAUAGCCCAUCGUCUGUCAACCGUCCAGAAUGCAGAUGUCAUCUGUGUGAUCCAAAAUGGUCAGGUGGUGGAGCAGGGCAACCACAUGCAGCUCAUUUCCCAGGGCGGAAUCUAUGCCAAGCUGCACAAGACCCAAAAGGAUCAUUGAAUAUAAUCAAAAACAUUUUUUGCAAUUUUUUAUCUCACUAAAAAACACUUGUCACCAAAACAAAAAUAAAUAAACACAA